UUUCCAUGCCCUUUUCUAUUUACUUCUUCAAAUCCCUCUUACUACCAAGUAAAGCCAAAGAGUCGAGUGCCACAAUCUUAAUAUCUGUAAUAAUAUUUUCUGUUUAUUUAGGUCCCUUCGAUAGGUAGGAGGGCUGCUGCACUAACUGUUAUUGAAACGAAUUUGACCUCUGAACAAAAUGGGGACGUUUUAGCUGUCACGGGCUCCCUUAACAUCUGCACAGAGGCUUUCUGCCUCCCUUAACAUCAGUGAAGGAAGAGUUCAUUGAUCUGCAAAUGUUAAGGGAGGCUUUCUGUUGGUGUUUGAUGUUUUUGUCUCUGUGUAUGCAUGAUGUUCGAUUAAUUGUGCAUGCAUGAUGUUUUUGUGUUUGGAUUUUUAUUUGGUACAUGGUGUUUUUUUUUAAGUUUCAUAGCUGGGGUCUUAAUUAUCGCGUUGGAUUGGUAAACACCCUGAAUUUGAUGAGUUUCUUGUGCCUUUUUGUUUAAAUUUUAAUAUGAUUCACCAACUUUCGUUUUUUUUUCUUUAUCUGGUUGAUAAUUUAGAUUUGUUUGGAUUUAAAGUUUGAGCCUUUUUUACGUUUUUGGGUGUUAACUAGGGAACAUCAAGUUAGAUUCUUAUACAUAUCUUGAAUAAAGAAAGGGCUACUUUUGUUCUGCAAGAAAAUGGAGAGUUACAAGUUAAUUAGGGAAGUUGGUGAUGGAACUUUUGGUGUUGUGUGGCGAGCUAUUAAUAACCUGUCUGGUGAAGUUGUUGCAAUUAAGAAAAUGAAGAAGAAAUAUUACACUUGGGAAGAGUGUGUGAAUCUGAGAAAAGUUAAGUCUCUACAAAGCUUAAGGAGGUCUUUAGGGGAAAUGACAUUCUAUACUUUAUGUUUAAAUACAUGGGAAAAGCUUUUUUCAGAAGUUGAAAUCAGAAAUUGGUGUUUCCGAGUAUUACAAGAUCUUGCAUACUUGCACCAGCGUGGAUAUUUUCAUCGUGACCUAAAGCUAGAGAAUUUGUUGGUUACUAAAGAUAUAAUCAAAAUUGCUUAAUUUUGGUCUUGCACGUGAAAUAAAUUCACAUCCCCCAUACAUGGAGUAUGUCUCAACACGCUGGUAUCGUGGCCCUGAAGUUCUUCUUCAAUCAUACCUAUAUACUUCAAAAGUUGAUAUGUGGGCGAUGGAUGCAAUCAUGGCUGAGUUGUUCACUUUACGUCCUAUUUUUCCUGGCACAAGGUACUCCGAUUAAGGAUUCGUGGCCUGACGGGCUUAAUCUUGCAAGGGCUAUAAACUACCAAUUCCCACAGGUCUCUCUCUCAAUUGUGAUCUUGUGUGAUCAUCAACUUCAUAGCAUGACUUCCAUGUUAUUUUUAGCGAUGUGCAGUUGCUUUGGAUUAUUUUAUGGGUGUAUAGAAUUUUACAUUUUUUCAAUUUUGCUGACAAUAGCAGAAAUUUAAAUUGUGGUCGUGGACAUGUGUUUUGUUGUGUUGUAUUUAUCUCUGUUACGGAUAAAACAGAUAUUAUCGCGGUUAUUAAG